AAGGAAUCACCAUGGGAGACCUGCGGGCUGGUAGCAGACUUCGAUUGGAAGAAGAUCACGGAGCUGGUGAUGAGACUGUACACAAAGGUGACCGAUGGAUCAUACAUCGAGCACAAGGAGAGCGCGCUGGCGUGGCAUUACGACGAGGCGGAUCUAGACUUUGGUUCAUGCCAGGCCAAGGAGCUGCUCGACCAUCUGGAGAGCGUGCUCGCCAACGAGCCGGUCGUCGUGAAUAGGGGCCAACACAUCGUGGAGGUUAAUCAUCAGGGCAUCAGCAAAGGAGUGGUGGUGGAGAGCCUCCUGUCGUCCAUGGUGCGUGGCGGCAAGGCGCCGGACUUCGUGCUCUGCAUCGGGGACGAGCGGUCCGACGAGGACAUGUUCGAGAGCAUCGUGUGCCCUGCUAUACAUGUUCAAUUUCUGUAUGUAUCCCUCCCGUUUCUCUCCGCUUCUGUCGUCUCGGCCGUGCAGCCGCCUCUGAUCCUGUCCGCCUUUGCCUUUGCUGCUUGUUCAGGGACGAGCCACCAUGGACUUCGACAAGGUGGACGCGCACGUGCACUAGCUCAAGGGAAGCAGCUCGAGGUGACAAUGGCAAAAGGCCUUCCCCCACUCCCCACUGCUCCUUUUUAA